GUUUUAUCAGUGAUUUAUUGUUUGAAAAAAAGAAAAAUGUGUGAUUAGAAAAGUUAUUCAAGUGUGGGGAUGUUAAAAUUAUUAUUUAUCGUUAAGUACUGAAGGACUUGGAUUUUAUUAAAUUUCAUGUAGAAGAAUUACUGCACAAGAUUUGCGAUGGACGUGCGAACGGAACGUCCUCGAACUGCGGGACGAAUUGCUCCUACAGGACGAGUCACACCGACAGUCCAUCAAAAUCCAAAUGCUGGAAGACGAAAAGCCAUUCCCGUCCCACCGCCGAGAGUUCCAACGCCAAUGCCCACUCCCAACAACAAUAAAGAAAGAAAUAAUGCUAAUGUGCUGGAGACGCCUACGGUGCCAAUACACAAAAAGGAGCCUCGGGAAAAUAUUGCCAGAAUUGCCAAGCGAUAUCUUGAUGAUAAUAUGCAGCAGGCGUGGAUCAAUCCUCGUCUAAUAUCGAUGAUAAAUAUGGAAGCGGUAACAUCGAGCGAUUACGAUCCAUCGAAUCUAAGUCGAAACUUCAAUCAAGUGGGCUUUAAUACCUACAAUUAUUCUCAAUUCGAGGACAAGUAUAAACCCCAACAAAUCUUAAAGUACGGCGACGAGUAUCUUGAGUACGGUAGAAAUUCCGUGAAAAUGGGUUUAAAUACAAAAUGGACAUCGCGCCACACACAAGAACAAAAUUCAGCAAUAAAAUUCAAUCAACGACAUCCACGAAGUCAUUCACAGCCAGAAAAGCAGUAUCAUCAUUCCAAUGAGACAAGAUCCAAGUCACAAGACUCAAGGGAAUUGACAUUCUAUCAAAUCGAUCCACCCUUGAAGCAUGACAACACUCCAACAACCAAGUAUCAUCGUCCUGGGGAGAAAAUUCUUCAGGGUAAAAAAGAAUUGACCUUUUAUGAAAUUGACGGUCCACCGUUGCACGAGAAGAAGGAGGUGAAAUUUUCCCAACCGGAAAAAGUGGAGAAAAGGGAUAAAAUCAUAUCGUCGAAACACAGUCAUGGGAAAUUAAUAAAUCCAGAGCAAAAAGUAACGAUUGGCUAUCAAAUGAAUCGUUCGCAAUCUGAUCUUGGUGAGAAUCAGACAUUUUCGUCGAGGAUUCCAAAUGGAUCGUUUGUUGAACCACCGAAAUAUCGUGCUUUUGAUCGUCCACCGAAAUAUCAGGAGAAUCCACCGAAAAUUGAACCGCCGCCAAAGUAUCAUCAGGAACCGCCGAAAUAUUCUGAAAUUAUCAAGAGGCAGGAGGAUGCAAAGCAAGCUCAGGAGGAAAGGUCCAGACGUCCUACAACAGUUGGGGGUGCCGUUGUCGUUGGUACUAGAGGGGGAAAUGUGCAUGGAGUUGAGGCGCCUACCAAUAUGGCUAGUAUCACGCCAACCGCGCGCGAGUCAACACGGGGAGGUGCCGCCACAUCUCGUCAGCGACAGAUCCAAAAGUCCUCAUCAAGUGUAAACAAAGAUGAUCCCCCACUAGCGAGGGAUGAACAUCAUGAACCACUGCGAAAUCUCGAUAAUCUAAAAUCACAUCAAACCCCACGUACCACUACUUCCGCUGGUGGUUGUGGUACCACUGCCAUCGAUUCAAUUCCCGAAAAAUUCAAGGGCACACUGGACCUAAUCAAGGUCACCGAUUCAACACCUCAAGGUCGUCUCACCGACAAGUCAAUGAUCAAACUAGAAAAGGCGAAAGUUUCCCACGAAACACUCGUCGGCAAAUCAGAAAAAAUGAAAUCAGUACAGGAGCCGAUUCAUAAACAUGAAAUCCCAAAGGUGAAAAUAAAUCACGAUUCAUUGGGUUACGGUGGUUACAAAGUUGAGAAUUUAAAGUACUACGGUGAAUUAAAGGGUUAUGAUUUCAAGUCCUAUGGGAAUAUUGAUAAACCCCCAAGUUCGGCGCAUGAGAAAAGUCAUCAGCAACAUUCAUCAUCGGAGAAGGGUUAUCAGCCGAAUGAUAAUAAGUGUCAGGCUAAAGUACUUCAGACGUAUGUGAAGGGUGGUCAGACGGAAAAAAGUGUUUAUAGUGACAAGUAUGGUGAUCAUUAUUAUCAUAGAUCGUCGCACGUGAAGCCACAGAAUCCGUAUCAAGUGUACCAGGAGACCAAGUACUCGUAUAAUGUUAGUGUGACACCGGGAACACCAGCACAGGCCAGCGCAGCCGCAGCUUUCUUUGCAAGAGCUGCACAGAAACUGAAUCUUUCAGCGAGUCCGCAUAGGAGACGUAGAUCAGGCGAUGAUAUUGAUGAACAACCCUUUUUUCCUAAUGGCUAUGCAGCUCUUCUCCAGAAAUCUCCUCCUCCAGCACCGCCAGCACUUCUUAGGAGGAUAGGCGUCAAAGAGUUGUCUGGAGUUGGAAAGGUGAAAGUGAUGCUGAGAGUUUCACCUGGAGAAGGAGGAAGUUUUUUCAAUGCCGAUAAAAGGAAAAAACAAGUGACCUUGAUCGAUCCAGCCUCGGCCCAAUCUUCGACAGCCGAAGAUCGCAGACCCACUGUCGCGGCACCGAAAAUGUUUGCGUUCGACGCUAUUUUCACCGAGGAAGACUCACAGACGGAAAUCUGCUCGAGCGCUCUUACAGAUGUCAUCCAUGCCGUAAUCAAUGGAACAGACGGUUGCCUCUUCUGUUUAGGACACGCCGGUCUCGGAAAAACACACACAAUGUUGGGUACUUCCGAGGCAGGCCACACCUUAGGUGCAAUUCCAUGUGCAAUAACUUGGCUUUUUCGCGGUAUUUCCGAACAGCGACAAAGGACAGGUGCUAGAUUUAGUGUACGAGUAAGUUGCGUCGAAUUGACAGCAGGACAACAACAAUUAAAAGAUUUGUUAGCUGCCUACGCAAACGAUUCUGAGCAAUCACCGGCUGUAUAUUUAAGGGAUGAUCCUCUUUUCGGGACUUUGCAACUUCAACAGCACAGCGAACUUCGUGCUCCGACUGCUGAACGAGCAGCUUUUUAUCUCGACGCCGCUGUUGCUGGUCGUCAACGAGAAGGCGAUACUCACAUGCUUUAUACCCUUCACGUCUACCAGUAUAGUGUCGCCGGUAAAGGGGGAGUCGCUGGAGGUCGAAGCAGACUACACCUAAUGGACCUAGGAAACUCGGAUCGAGGAAAAUCAUCAGGCGGAAUUCCACUCUCAGGCCUAGGAAACAUUCUCAUAGCGAUUUUUAACGGUCAAAAGCAUCUGCCCUACAAAGAGCACAAAUUAACCCAACUCCUCAAAGAAUGCCUCGGAUCCUUAACCUGUCACGCGGCGAUGAUCGCCCACGUCUCACCAAACUCCCAACAAUACAGCGAAACCCUAACAACAGUUCAACUAGCCUCAAGAAUUCAUCGAAUGCGUCGAAGAAAAAUCAAGUUCAUCGGCAACAAUGUUCAGGGCACCGGAAGUGGUGGCAGUUCCGGUGAGGAAGCUGCCCGACAAAACAGCGAAUGCGAUCCAAGUUCGAGUGACCUAUCAGCCGACACUGUCAUCUACGUAGGUCCAAGUACAGACGACGCAACUGACGGCGAACACCCCCCUGUCUACAUCCCAAGUCUCAAUUCCGGUGACAAUCGAUGCGCAAUGGGUCGCAUUCUCCGAGGAUCAGCCGCCGAAAGGCCCAAUAAAAUAACCGAGGAACGAAGUCCAGCCCACAAGGCAACAAAGGCAGUGAAAGCUCUCACCCAAACAGCCUCGAAACAAACCUCACCAGCCCACAGUAUUACCCCCAAAGCGAGUCCCGCGCGAAAAAACAAUUCCACAAAAACAAUCUCCAAAAGCGCCGACUCGCCAAACAGCAAAAUUCCCGUCGCCGUCACAACCGACGAACAAUGGAUCGACGGUCCCCGAAUUUCCAAGUCCAAAGUCGCCGAAGCCAGGCACUUACUAAAAGACUCCCAUCAUCACAAGCGCGAAACUUGGAUAGACGGUCCCAUGCAAUUAACAGCACAUCAACAACAUUCCGGCUAUGGUUUCAUGGACAGUCACAAGAAAAGUAUGAUCAGAAAAUGGGUCGAGAAUCAAUCGUCCCAAAUACAAAGGACUAAAUACAAUUCCCGCGGUCAUUCCAAACCUGGUCAAUCAUCUCAAUUUAAGGAAAUAUCAAAAAAUAUCGAUGAUGACGAGACAUCGCUAUCAACUGUCGAGAGCGAAAGUCUAAAAGCAAGUGAAAUCGAAGACAUCACUGAAAAAUUGGGAGCGAAAUUAAAUCUUCUUAAUGUUAAAUCCAAUACUGAUUCUGGACUCGAUUUGACUGCGAGUCCAAUACUGGAUAAUUCUCUGGGUAGAAGUAAACUCGACAUUCAUGAGGAUGAAGAUGAUGACGAGGAGAUUGUCGUCCCUCCACCAUUGCCUCUGAUUGAACCUCUAAGCAAUGGCGUGAGUCGCGAAGUUUCCAUGGAAAGUUUAAAUCUCUCUCAUAAAGAUAUCGUACUACCGUCCAGACAUUCAUUGUCUUCAGAAGAUGAGAUUUUGGAAAUUGUCGAGGUUGAGGAUCUCGAACCAGUUCCAAUGCAAGAUUCUUGUCUUCAAGUUACAGAGGAGGACAUUGCACUGUGCAUGGGAGAAAAUCCAUUGCCCGAAAGUGAUCAAGAGGAACAUCCCCUCAGGAUAUUGAGUCAGGAAAAUCUCACCGUCGUCUCAACGUUUACAGAUUCAAUGUCAGUAAUGUCGGACACUGAACGAUAUAGACCUCAAUAUCAAUUACCAGUGGGAAUGGGAAUGUUGCCGCGGCCUUACUUCGAUCACGAGGACUUUUUGGAACAAGAAAGCAGACACAAGUUCGAUCAAUUGGCUCGUCUCCACGAGUUGUACCAAAGUAAAUUAGCCCUUGCCAACGUUUCCAAUUCCGCGACUUAUCAGAGGGAAAACUCCUCAACAGUCACCAUUCGAGAUGCUCCAUCCGCCACGACCUUCCGUCCACCAUCUCGGUGUCAAUCGUUAUCCCUCUCGGACGUUCUCUUCAACGACAAUGCCAGCAAUCAUGGCAGUACAUUCAGUGAACCUGCCUACAUUGCCGGUAAAUCGGAGCAGGAAAAAAUCUGUGACAAUUGUCGACAGACAAUGUCAAGGCCAGAAACAGCCUCCUAUUGGUAUCCUAGUAGUGUUGCACAUCUCGCCAGUCCCCGACGAUAUUGCGGAAAAUUGGGAGAAUGCAACAUUUCAAGUCUACGACAUCCCGACGGUGCUUCAAAUCCAAAUCUCAAGGAGGAAAUCGAGAGGAUACCUGGUAAUGGAGCCUCGGGCUCCGAUCCCGAGGAGGAAUAUGUCGAGGCCAAGAAACUCUUCAGCACAAACGAGAGAUCCGAAAGAACAGUUACUGGCAAAUCCGACAUCGAAGAGGACAGAAAAACAAUAGUAGCGACACCACUGCAAAUAUCGAUUCCAAGUUCCGUGCCAUCAUCAGGACGGAUGCAGAGGAAAAUAUUGAGUCUUGGAUCAUCGUUUGGUUUAAAUAAAGACGGUUAUGAUUCGGGGGCUGAUUCAACGCCAAGAGCUGCUAAACUUUCGCCAGCGACACUUUCGAGACAUCGAGCAGAAAGUUCAGGAUAUGAUAGCAUUGUUCGCGACAGUGAGACCAGCAGCAUUGCAAGUGACUCGUCCAGACACACAAAUGCCCUUCAGGAACAUCAAGCGGUGGGACGACCGGAGGCAGGAUGCGAGCCCCGGGUCCCGGCCCAGGGAAUGCCCGCGGGGAUUCUCGUCUACACAGACGAGGACGUAGCAACUCUGGACAGACGCGCACAACUACGCUCGGAGCCGCGUGGAAUAAUGUUCAAGAUACACAACCUACGUCUGCGCCAGCGCCUUCUUAGACAGGAAUUACGCGAUGCCAAAAAGCGGCUAAUGGUGUCCGAUGACCGAUGGAGUUACGAACUGCACGUGGAGAACAGUAUGGACUGGCGGGAUCCAGCUUUCUUGGAAGCUCUCGAAGCAGAGACGUUCAUUCUCCAAAAAAGAGUUGAAGCCUGCAAGAGUCACGUGAUACUUAUAACCUGUUUUGAUUCCUAUCCGCGGAGAGAAUCGAUAUACUUAGAAUCACCAACUGGAAUCAAAAUCACUUAACAAUUGUUUGGAUCAGCGCAAAUUACUUCGUGCUGAUCAAAUGAAAUCGUAAUUCCAAAAAACGAACACUACUCUUUCAAGGAAAUCACAAUUUUUCUAAAAAAGAACAAAAGAAAACCAUGAUCGAAAUAGAAAAUUGAGAUUCUACAUUUGUAGCAAAAACUGUGACCGACGUGUGUGUAAAACAAAAAAAUUCAAUGCUCUAAUUUUUUUUCCCCACAUUUCUAAAGAAUCGUUUUUAAAAAAACGUUUCACAUGUUCUUGUUUCGAAUUUAGAAAGUGUUCAGCAAAAAAAAAUUCCAGCAUUGCAAUUUUAUUCCAAAAACUCUAAAUAGAUAAAUUAAAAAUUUUCCACCCAACUUUUUCGUUUACCAAGUGAAAAAGAAAAAUUAUCAAAACUUUUGUUUUGAGUAUAAAAAGAGAACUGCCAAAAAAAAUAAGAAAAAAAAAACAAAAGUCAUUUUGAUGAGACUGAGAGACUGCAAAGGCAAACAGAUAAACAGACUUCCGAUUAAAGACUGUUAGCCAAUUUUUCUAUUUCCAAGUUUUAAACAAAAAGAGUGAGUGAAUAAGUGUAUGUGUGUGGGAUUCGAAUAAACUUCGAUGUUAUAACAGAAAUUUUAAAACAAAACUUUUCAUUACGAUUCAUAAACGAUUUUCACAAUUUUUUAUAAAACUAUUUCUUCAAGACGAAAAAUUUCGUUCAAACGACACUUUUAUUCUAUAUCAAUUUCUCGUGAUAUUUAACUAAAAAACCAAACGUACCAAACCUUUUAUCACUAAAAAAAAAAUCCGUCAAUUUUUUCAAAAUUUCAUAUCAAAUUCUACAAAUAAAAAAAAUAAAUUGACAACUUUUUAUAAAAAGAACAAUUUUCCAAUGAAAGUUAAAAAUGAAAGUUGAAUAUUUCCAAGUUUUUGUCUUCCUUCGAUAAUGGUGAUAUUUGAAUAUAAGUUGAGAAAUUUUUCCUUUCAAUAUAAAAAAGAGUCUUUUUUCCUAAUUUAAAAAAAAAGAUUUUUACCAAUCAGGGUGCGAUAAGAAUCGAACUGACUCUUCCGAAAAAAAAAAUAAACGCAAAUCGUACUGCCAAAAUUGAUAUACGAUUUACAAUUUAAACACAGGCCGUAAGUAAUAAUAUUAAUGCACGCACGUUAAUUCAAAAUAAUAUCGUAGCUUUAAUCGUUAUCGCAGUUACUGCACUUUGUAGAGCUCCUAUAAUUCACUUAGAGAGACUCCAAUAAUUAAAGAAAAAAAAAGAAUAAUUAAAAAAACGUAGCUCAAAAAAAAAAUUCUACCACACGCAUAGAUAACAAUAUUAUAUAAGUAUCUUUUCUGCGUGAGCCUCAUCACCCUCCGUUUCUCAAAAUCACAUUUUUUGUCUUUUCAAUAAAAAACAAACACAACACGGAAAACAAAUUUUAUUCUUUUAAAAUUUAACUAAAAAAAUUCUACUGUACAUUGAAUUUUUUUU